AAUACUUAAAUUAAAAAUUUUUAUACAAAGGCCUUAUAGCAAUAUAUAACAUGCGAUAAUCCGGUCCGAAUAAUAAUCCCAACGAUCGAAAAUCGGUUCAGGAAACAUCCUCGUUUUGUUUACUAUCUUUUAUACGGGCCACGAUCGAAACGAUAAGCUCGAUCUAGUCCGUUUACGUGGAAAACGAUGCGAAAGAGUAACUCCGGUCUCAUUUUUUUUUCUCUCUCUUUCUCUCUCUCUCUCUUUUAUUCUCUCUCACUCCGCGCUUCGCUGCAUGAAAUUUGUUAAAGUGUGUUGGUGUGACACGUGUACGACAAUGACGACGACGAGGACGACGAUCGAGCCGACAUGGAAUUCGAUUCUUGACUAGAGGAUGCUGCACGCUCGCUUCAUACAGUUGUGUGCGUGCUCGUAAUAGAACUAAAGUGAUACGCUUGCGCCGGACGAUGUCUACCCCAUCUUCUCGUUGACUUCGGGUGAGGGAAAGCGGGGCGUGUGCAAGGACAGAUGGCAGGGCGUCUCUCCCGGGCCGUGUCGCAUGCACUGUCAGUUUUGCUCGGAUUCUCGUACACGAGUUUUAUCGCGCUCUUUUGCACUCGUCACGAUUCUCAUUGAACGCAGGAAAAUUCGCAAAGAUCGCGCAUACGCUCCACACCUUUUUUUUUCCACUCGCGUGUAUAUAACACGAUCCUUGAAUCACGCGAAUUAAAUUUAUCCGUUUCGUUCUGUCGGUUAAAUAGUUCGGACAGAGCACGAGAUUACCUUUCGAUGUCGUUCGUCAACCGUCGCUGUGACAGAAGGAUGAUAAUUGUUGAAAAUUGUUUAAUUGUAUAGUAAAAUAUAUUUUAAAAGAAAUAAGAUAUUCUAUUUGGUGAAAUGAAUAUUUUUAUACGUUGGUGGGUUUUAAAGAAUACGAAGAAAUAAAUACAACAAAGAAAGGAAUUGUCGGUUGUUCAUCUAUACCAUUGGUCAAUUAAGCAGUUCACGGAUAAAGAUAUGCUCUAGCGGGAAGACAGAGAGAGGCAGUAGUGUCGCGGUGGAGGAAGAGAAAAGGACAAUUAUGGGAAAGAAGUAUCGGGGACAAUUUCUAUGCAUGUCAAUGCGUAGAUCCCGAAUAGCAGAGACAUAAUGGCGACAACGAGUGAAAAAACAAUGGAAAAUCAGAUGCUUAUCGAUUCAUUCGAUAUUUUUCUUUUGCGAUUUUGAUUUCUUCGCGCUUUUGUCCGCGAGAUGCUGUAUCGAACGUUUAAUUCCGGAUUAUUACGCCAUACUAAGGAAAAAUUAACGCGCCGCGAAUGGAAAAUAAUUGAUAAAUGAAAGUCGGGAAGAGCAAUCGUGGAGAACACGAAAAAUCCUUUGUCUUUCAUAUCCCUCCCCUUUUCCUAUCUCCUCAUCCCAUCAGUUAAAACUAGAAACUGUUGUGGCUUUUUUCAAAAAACGCGACGAUUAUAUCGAGCGACAUCGUGGAUCGACUAUGAGAGAGAGAAAUAAAAAAUGAAGGGUUUAUUUUUUACCCUGAGUCUAUUGUUUUCGGUGCAAGGACUCGCCCGGGCUACAUCUGAUCACGAAAUGCACGAGAAUCUGAAUCCACCAGAUCCAUUCGACCGUGGACCUUACUUCGACGUCUCGGCAUCAAAGAACGUCACCGCAUUGGUUGGCAAAACGGCCACUCUAAACUGUCGAGUACGGAAUCUGGGUGAUCGUACGGUUUCGUGGGUAAGGCAUAGGGAUAUUCAUCUUUUGACCGUUGGUGUUGAAACGUACACAUCCGACCAACGAUUCGUGGCAUCACAUUUCCCUAGAACCGAAGACUGGACGCUUCAAGUGAAAUACCCACAGCAUCGUGAUUCUGGCACCUACGAAUGUCAAGUGUCAACAACACCACCAAUUGGUCAUUCUAUGCACCUUUCUGUUGUCGAGCCGAUAACGUCGAUCGUUGGGAAAUCAGAAAUGUUCAUAGACAAGGACAGUACGAUGAAUCUCACUUGCGUGGUACGUCACAGUCCUGAACCACCAACUGCCAUUUAUUGGACCCAUGAUCACGAGGUGAUCAACUACGAUAGUCCUAGGGGCGGUGUAUCGGUGAUCACCGAGAAAGGGGAAGUUACAACGUCGUAUCUUCUGGUGCAGCAUGCCCAGCCUGCAGAUAGCGGCCAAUAUACCUGCCAUCCAAGUAACGCUAAUACAAAGACUGUCCUCGUACAUGUACUCAAUGGGGAACAUCCAGCAGCGAUGCAACACGGUGGCCAACUGAGGUUGGCGAAUCUGCCAUUCGUAAUGAUUUCAACAACUUUGUUAGCCUUCUUGAAUCAUCGUUAUUGAACCAGGCCUCAUCAUGGCAUUACGAAAUAUUCAUUACGAAUAUUCAUCGAAUAAAAUAAUACAUCAUUGAUAGUUGCUUUC